AUGGAAAUGAAAAAGGUCAGUGACGAGAUUAAGGGCAAGCAGCAGCAGAUAGCACAUUUAGAAAGGCAGAUUAAGGGGAAGCUUGACCAGUUAGAACAUACACCGGCUCACACUAAGCUACUGGAGCAGGUCAAUGAGAAAGCAUUGGAACUUGAGGUGAAGACAGCAGAUAACAGAGUAUUGCAAGACCAGCUACAGCAAAAGACAACAGAGUGUCAGGCAUUACAAGAAGCAGUUGCCCACUUACACGAACAGCUUUCCCAAGCUCUCGAAGCUAAUGAUUUAUUGUCAGAAAGCAUCAUAUUUCAGCAGUACACAGACAUCAGCCUUCAAAAUGGAUCGCAAGUUCACAAAGAAAAUCCAGCAUCUAUAGAUGUCUCUGAUGAACUGCAUCAAAAAGCAGAGCAGUCAGAUAUUGAUGAACUGAAGCAAAGAUUGUGUGAGCUCACUGAGGCCAAAGCUCAACUAGAGGCCCACAAUCAGAAGCUGCAAGAGGAAAGCAUGCGUGGAACUGAAAUGGGGAGGUCACCAAACUCACAACGAGAGGCUCGCGAACGAGCUGGCUUUAGCAAGAAAUUCAACACAACGAUAGAGCAGAUAGCGGAGGCAUACCUGGAGCAGAGAGCGGGGCGUUCAAAUCAGCUCGCUUCGCCGGGAAGUCGCGGACUGAGACAGGACGCGGUCGCUUGGGGAGUUCGCACCGCCGGGAAGUCGCAGGGGCCGGGUGAGUCCGCGCCGCUGGAGGAAGUCACGUCGAAGACAGCAGGAGGGGAUGGUGCCAGCCCGUCUUCCUCAGCGCCGGGAAGGGGAAGCAGGAGGGGAAGGAGGCGGGCGACCUUCACUGCCGUCACGGAUUGUGAGUUCUCGGGCAAACCCUAG